AUGGUUCUGUUCAUUCGAGGGGGGGAUGCCUUCAUUCCUGAUGCUCCCCGGCUGGUCUCAUUUCAGAGGGUGUUUUCCACGCGAGGGCCAGCCCGCUGGCACAAAGCCAAGAAGGUCCAGCUGACCCCCGGGCAGACGGAGGUGAAGAUCGACCUCCCCUUGCCCAUCGUGGCCUCCAACGUGAUGAUCGAGUUUGCCGAUUUCUACGAGAACUACCAGGCCUCCACGGAAACCUUGCAGUGCCCCCGAUGCAGCGCCUCCGUGCCCGCCAACCCGGGGGUCUGCGGGAACUGCGGGGAGAACGUCUACCAGUGCCACAAGUGCCGGUCGAUCAACUACGACGAGAAGGACCCCUUCCUUUGCAACGCCUGCGGCUUCUGCAAAUACGCCCGCUUCGACUUCAUGCUGUUUGCCAAACCGUGCUGCGCGGUGGACCCCAUCGAGAACGAAGAGGACCGGAAGAAGGCGGUGACCAACAUCAACACCCUCCUGGNGAGACUGGACAGCCAUUUGUUACUGAAGCUGUGUAAAUAA